GCCCAGAGGAAGUCAUUCAUGCGUCAAAAUGGCAGCGUUGGAUGCUAAAUCCAAAUGAACAAGAAAAUAAACGCUAUCUUAAUUGACGCUUACAUUAUUUUUCACUAUACUAUUUGAUAAUAGUUAAUACAUCCAGAGUUGUUCCGCUCCAUAUAACUCUAAAAUGGCUAGCCCGCUGCUGGAUUUCAGGACCCAUGUCGACCAGUCAUGCCGAUAUUCAGAAGAAUUUGUCAACAUUUAUUACGACUGCAUGGAUAAGAAAAGAAGGAACUUGACCCGGCUCUACCUGGACAAGGCGACCUUGGUGUGGAAUGGGAAUGCUGUGUCUGGAAACGAUGCUCUGGCGGAUUUCUUCGAUUCAUUGCCUUCAAGCGAGUUCCAAGUUCAAACACUGGAUUGUCAGCCAGUUCACGAACAAGCAACCCAGGGUCAGACUACACUGCUCGUGGUGACUGGUGGAACUGUCAAAUUUGAAGGGAACAAACAGCGUUUCUUUAACCAGAACUUUCUUUUGACAGCUCAGGCAACACCCAACAAUGACCAGCCUGUUUGGAAGAUUGCUAGUGACUGUUUCCGGUUUCAAGACUGGAGCAGCUGAGGCUCGCCCCAUCAAAACAAUCAACAUUAAUGUAGAUGCUUUUUGUUUAUAUCUCUUUUUGUAAUAAAAUGUCAUACACCACAAAAUAUGCAAAAAAAACGUUUAUUCUUGAACAAGGCAUGUGAUCAUAAUAAUGGAGUAAUAAAUACAAACAGGAUCACCAAACUGUGUAGAGACUGUCAGUGUCUGUGUCCAUAACAUAUUUUAAUGAUGCAAAUACAAUUACACGACAACACUUGGAAAAAUACAUAGAAAACAC